UAAAGGACUUCAAUGCCUUCGUGUCCUGUUCAAACUUCACUUCAGUUUCGACUAUUUAAACUGAGAACCAAACUAUGCAGUUGCAGUUUGGAUUUCAUAUACUUUGCGAUGGCAAAUUCCUUCAAUAUUGGGAUUCUUGUUUUGGUUAUUGGCGGGACAACAUGGGUCAUCGAAGCACAGGUGCUAACACUCCCACAGCUGGACCCCGACGAGUGGUGGGGUCCAGCCGAGCUGCAAGGCGAUACGAAUACAACCAUCAGACCCUUCAGAAUUCAGUUCACUCAAAAGAUGAUUAAAGACCUCAAAAGUCGUCUUCGAAAUCGCCGUGACCUCACUCCACCGCUUGAAGGCAUCGGCUUCGAAUAUGGCUUCAACACCCAACAAGUGGACCCCUGGGUGAAGUACUGGACAGAAGAAUACGACUUCAAAGAGAGAGAAAAGUUUUUCAACCAGUUUCCUCACUAUAAAACGAAUAUACAGGGUCUGGAUAUACACUUCAUCAGAGUGAAGCCUAAGGUGCCCGCUAGUGUAAAAACAGUACCUCUCCUCAUAUUACACGGCUGGCCGGGUUCCGUACGCGAAUUCUAUGAAGUGAUUCCCUUGUUGACCUCGCCAGCUGAUGGAUAUGACUUCAUAUUCGAGGUUAUCGUCCCAAGCCUGCCUGGAUUCGGAUUUUCUGAUGGAGCAGCGCGUCCGGGACUGGGACCAAUACAAAUGGCGGUCAUCUUCAAGAACCUAAUGGCCAGGCUCGGCUAUGAUAAGUUUUACGUCCAGGGUGGCGAUUGGGGAUCUGUAAUCUGCAAAGCGAUGGCCACAAUAUUCCAGAAGGAAGUGUUGGGCUUCCACACCAACUUGAUGAGUGCAGUGAACAGUUGUUCAGAAAUCAAAGUGUUAGUCGGGGCCAUCACAGCGUCGCAGCAACUGACGCUGAACCAAACCCAGAGGAAUGUCUUCACCGAUUACAUAGAGGAGACGGGCUACUUUCAUUUACAGGCGACGAAACCUGAUACUCUGGGUGUCAGUCUGUCAGACUCCCCAGUGGGUCUUCUCACGUACAUUUUGGAGAAGUUCUCUGCCGGCAUACGCUUGGAUAACCGCUUCCGUCCGGACGGGGGUCUGUAUGACCGUUUCUCCGAAGAGCAGCUGAUUGAUAACCUCAUGGUGUACUGGAGCACCAGCUGUAUCACCACCUCGAUGAGAAUCUACGCUGAGGCAUUCAGCACGGCGCACCGAGCCCUGAGAAUAGAUGAUUUACCCACUCCAGUACCAAUCUGGAAUCUCGUAGCUAAGAACGAACUCCUCAACCAGCCGCCAAACCUGAUGAAGUUCCCCAACCUCCUAGGUGGCACCGUUUUAGAUGGGGGCCACUUUUUGGCCUUCGAGCUCCCUCAACCCUUUAGUGCAGACGUCUUCAAAGCUGUGAAGGCAUUUAGGGCAUUCCAUGAAGCCAGAACUGAAUUGUAGA